AUGAACUGCCUGACGGUGCCCGGUGUCCACCCCGGCUCCCCCAGCCGGCCCCGCGGGCAGAUUCAGGUGAUCUUCGGGCCCAUGUUCUCCGGGAAAAGCACGGAGCUCAUGCGGCGAGUGCGGCGCUUCCAGCUCGCCCAGUACCGGUGCCUGCUGGUGAAGUACGCCAAGGACACGCGCUACAGCUCCUCCGGGGUCUGCACACACGACAGGAGCACCAUGGAGGCCCUGCCCGCCGGGCUCCUCCACGACGUGUACCAGGAGGCGCUGGGGGCCGCCGUCAUCGGCAUCGAUGAGGGCCAGUUCUUCCCAGACAUUGUGGAGUUCUGUGAGAAAAUGGCCAACACUGGGAAAACCGUCAUUGUUGCUGCUCUGGAUGGUACCUUCCAGAGGAAGGCCUUUGGGAGCAUCCUGAACCUGGUGCCGCUGGCGGAGAGCGUGGUGAAGCUGAACGCUGUGUGCAUGGAGUGCUUCCGAGAGGCCUCCUACACCAAGAGGCUGGGAGCAGAGCGGGAGGUGGAAGUGAUCGGAGGAGCUGACAAGUACCACUCGGUGUGCCGAGCCUGCUACUUCCGCGCGCGGCCCCAGCAGCCCGGGCCAGACAACAAGGAGAAUGUGCCCCUGGGCCUGAGGCAGCUGGAGACAGCUGCCCCUCGCAAGAUCUUCACUUGACUGCUGCGAAAACGGAGGGCGAGGGAGCUCAGUGCUGUGGUGCACAGGCCCCUCUGUACUUUAACAAACUGUCCAGCCCUCCCCACCAAGCAGCACAACUGAGGAUCCACCAGGCCUGAUGCUGGUGGAAGCGGAAGGAAAAGCCUGGCUAGAGCGAGUUCCCAUCUCAGAACAGGGACAGGGACCGGCACAGUCUCUGGUGCUGCCACACACAG